AUGGUAUACAAAGGCAAACGAUUAGUUUCCUGCCAUUGUUUCUUCCUGUUAACAGCCAAAUUCUACUGGAUACUGACCCUGAUGCAAAGAACUCAUGGCCAGGAAUAUGCCCACUCCAUCCGACUGGAUGGGGACAUCAUCCUGGGAGGACUGUUCCCUGUCCAUGCAAAAGGGGAUAGAGGGGUGCCUUGUGGGGAGCUCAAGAAGGAGAAAGGGAUCCACAGACUAGAGGCAAUGCUGUAUGCAAUUGAUCAGAUUAAUAAAGACCCUGAUCUUCUCGCCAAUAUCACCUUAGGUGUCCGGAUCCUUGAUACAUGUUCCAGGGACACUUACGCAUUGGAACAGUCCUUAACCUUUGUGCAAGCGUUGAUAGAAAAAGAUGGUUCAGACGUGAAGUGUGCUAAUGGUGACCCACCUAUUUUCACUAAGCCAGACAAGAUAUCAGGUGUGAUAGGUGCUGCAGCAAGUUCCGUGUCCAUUAUGGUCGCAAAUAUUUUAAGACUUUUUAAG